AUGGAGGACCGUCGUAUCACAGUCCAAGAAAUUGCGAACGAGACAGGGUGUUCUUCAGGCAUGUGUCAUGUCCUGUUUCAUUGCAUUUUUGAUCUUGGUAGUAUUGGUAUGCAACCUUUAUAUGAAGAUUCUGGAGAAGUUUCAGACCGUAGAGAUUUGUGCUCUGCUAUAUAUAUGUUUGGUGGUUUGUCUGGAUCUGGAGCUGAUAUUGGUUAUCUUGUAUGGUUGUAUGUCGUGAGCAUUUUAUUUCUGAGUUGGAGUGCCCUGAUCUACUGCAUUGGAGAAAUUCAGAUAAACCAUGGAGAUGCUGGUACUCCUGUGAAUCUAGUGGGCUGUUUUGAAGGGGAUCACGAUUACCGUGACCUUCCCUAUAAUGUCACGAACUUGGCUGGGUCUCUGUCUGCAGAGUCAUGCACAGCAGUUUGUAAGCAGCAGUUUUUCAGGUAUGCAUUCUUCAAGAAUGCACAAGCUUGUUAUUGUGACAGUUCAUAUGGCAAAUACAGACCUGCAGAAUGCUCCAAGUCCUGUAAAUCCAGUGACUCAGAAUCCUGUGAAGGAAGCUUGUCUAAUGCUGUGAUUGACACUGGAUGGAUUGUUCCUGGCCCACCUGCUUCGCUGGAACUUUUUAAUGCCACAGACACCAGUGUGCAAGCAGUUUGGACCCCUCCGGUUGCUCUUAAUGAUGUAUUCACUGACUACAUUGUUGUGGCAAACUGUAUAGAUACAUAUUAUACAACCAGCCAGCUGGAACCCCGACAAUGGAUGUUUCCAAAUUAUACUUUAAAAGCUGGAUUACCAGACCUUCAUCCAGGGACCCAGUACAAUAUAUCUGUUGCAACCUAUUUUCAUGGUGUAACAGGAGUGAAGAUAUCACAUACAAUCUGGACACAGAUAGGAGAACCUGAAGAGCCAGAAGUACCUAGAAUUGUUAGAAGAGACAAAGGUCAGAUCUUGAUUCAGUUGUCACCAAUGGUAAAUGAAAAUGGUCCAAUUACAGCAUAUCGUAUAGUGGUGGUUUAUGGUGUUGGACAAGGUGAAUUCAGAAAAGACAUGCUGAAAUCAUUUCAAGAGGCUGAAUCUGAAGGUAUACCUUACUAUAUAGCUGCUGAGUUAAAUCCUCAGGAUCUUAUGGAUGAAUUUGUCGUUGGUGAUGGCCGCAUGUAUGGAAAUUACUACAAUCCACCACUGCCAUUGGAUAGCAACAUUCAUGUUACAGUGGGAGUAGUAAGCAGUUUGAAUAAUGUUACUAAAGUGACGUAUGCUCAGUUGGGCCAUGUUGUCCUUAAUGUAGGAGAUAGUAUACCAGUUACAGAUACUGGCAGUUCUGGGUUGGUUAUUGGGCUGUCUGUAGCCAUUGGUGUAUUUGGCUUUUUACUGCUACUGUCAGUAGUAGUUUAUUUUUUGCUUCGCAGACAUCUGGGUAGACGCAGGCAAAAUUCUGAUCAGCAGGAGCUUUCGCUGCAGGGUCCUAUGAUUGAAAUUGAACCAAAUGGUUACGCUCAUAAUGGUUUCAUACCCGAAGAAGAGGAUGAAAGAGUGAAUCACUAUGAAAACUUGAAAUGUCAAGUAUGGAACAUACCUCGUAACUUUUUGGAAGUAAGAUCAGAGAUACUGGGCCUUGGACGCUAUGGCAGUGUGAUGAGAGGAACGGUUCAACAGAGGGGGUUUCCGAUCCCAGUUGCCAUUCACACGGUUGCAGACAGGGAGUUACCACCUCAUGAGAAGAGAUCAAUGUUGCAAGACCUUGGUAUUUUGAUACGUCUCAGUGCUCAUAUGAAUGUAGCAAGUCUUGUGGGCACAUGUGAAAAUCCUGACACAUUAUUUGUUGUGGUUGAACACCAUCCUGCUAGCUUGAAAGAUGUUCUCAUAGAAAGUCGUCUCUUGGAACAUUCUGUUCCACCAUUCUCCGUCCAACUGUCCAUAUCAGAUGCACGUUGUUCCCAGCAACGAAUAUGCUCACUUGCUGAAAGUCAGGUUUUGGAAACAGCUGUUGGAAUUGCACGGGCAAUGGACUACUUGACCUCCAAGAAAAUUACUCAUACACAACUAGCAGCUAGGAAUGUGUUAAUGGCAGAUGGUGUUGUUCCCAAAGUUACAGGCUGUGGAAUUGCUCGUUAUAAUAAGUAUGGAGAGAAUCCUGACUACACCAGAUGGACAGCUCAAGAAAUAUUCCGAGGCAGGCCACAUGUGAGCAAAAGUGAUGUGUGGUCUUUUGGUUGUGUUUUAUGGGAGAUCAGUGCACUUGGUGGGACGCCAUAUGCUGAUGUUGCCACUAAUGAAGUGGGCAGUAGGGUUAUGCGAGGACAACGUCUUCCUCAGUUGCAGGUCGUUGAUGAUGACCUGUACCAGUUGAUGCUACAGUGCUGGCAGUUAGACCUAGAUGAGAGACCCACAUUCCAAGAAAUAGUGCACAUUUUGGAGAACAUGUUGGAGGAUAGCACGAUUCAUUUGAACUUUGAGAUGUAUGCUGCCUUCCAUUAUGAACAGUACGUACCGGAACUAGAGCAGAUUCAGUCUUGAAUCAGCUGUUGCAACAAAUCAAAGGUGAAACACUACGUUGGAUUUGAGAUUUACAUAACAGUGACGAUGAAGAGUACUUACUAUUUUCUGGGAUGUACUGCUGAGUAGUUAUCUUCUGGAGGACAUAGCAUUAUGACCCAGCAGUUAGUACUCUUCUUAGGUGAAGCAUUGUUUAUUUUAGUACAUUUAUAUUUCUUUUAUAUUGUAUAUGUAAAAAUUCUUUUUCUUGCAAGACAGUGACACCACUCUGUUCACUGUUGUAGAGAGUAAGAAACGUACCAAGAUAACAUUAGGUGAAAGAACUUCCCCAAUUCAGUGGAGAUGUUUGGGGUCUCUAUAUCUCCUGCAAUGGGUAUUAAAAUUCAAUGCACACUUAAAUUCCUUAUGACAUCUAUUUUAAUAUUAGAAGUUUUGCAUUAUUCUUUAAAAUUCAAUGUCUUUUCCAUAUUUUAUGAAAUUAAUAAACUAAAACAAUUAGAAAGGCCA